AUGGCCGAUGAUAAUGUCGACUUGAAUGCGUACAAUGGCGCCCCUUUAGUGGCCACGUGUGUGGUCUUCCUCAGCCUGACUUGGCUGGCCGUAGGGCUGAGGAUAUAUACGAGAGCGGUGGUGAUAAAGAGUCUCCAGGAGGAUGACUGGCUCAUGCUUGUGGCUCAGCUUAUUUUCACACUCUCGUGCAUAUUCAUCUUCAAUGGUAUUCAUUCCGGAAUGGGCAGACAUAAUGCUGCCAUUACCGAUGGCGACGAUCAAGCCACAGCGCUCAUGUGGCAAGCAUUGGCGGCGGCCUCUUACAUACUCAAUAUGAUGUUCAUUAAAAUGAGCAUUGGUAUAUUUCUUCUACGAGUCUCCGCUCGAAGGAUCUACAACUGGAUCAUAUGCAUCAGCCUGGCUGUGGUUAUCAUCUGGAGCCUUGUCACUUUCUUCUACGAUGUAUUCCAGUGCAGUCCCAUUCAAAAACAAUGGGAUUUUCGUAUUCAAACCGGAAAGUGCGUAUCGACAAGCGACCUCGUUUCUGCCGCAUACGCGAUCAGUGUGAUGACAAUUUUAUCCGACUGGUUAUAUGCUCUGCUCCCCAUACCGAUGCUGUGGUCAGUGAAGAUGAGUCCUCAAGCCAAAGCAACUGUUAUCAUCAUUCUGGGCCUUGGAAUAUUCGCGAGUGUUGCCACUCUUAUUAGGAUCAGGUAUUUGACUGUGAUGCAGGAUCUCGAUGAUUUGCUAUUCGCGGCAACGCAAGUAAUGACGUGGACCGUAAUCGAACCUGGAGUAGCCAUUAUUGCUGCCAGCCUUGCUACAAUCCGCCCUCUACUGCGCGCGAUGAGGGUGCACGGCUUCGGGUCUACGGGCCGCACCACGCACAGCGCACCCUCUGCCUAUGCGAGACAAACUACCGAAAACCGAAGCAUGCCGGUCGUUGACCAAAUCUUUGGGCCUGAUGACGUUUCUUUGAAGAAUGUCGAGCCCAGCUACGAUAUAAUACCUCCUGAAUCUUCGAUCAGCACUAUUGGCUUGACUAUUGAGCAGCCCCAUGCUAGCAUAGCAACGGCUUCUCGACUGGACGUAGAGCAAAAGAGGCGUCGUGCCAGCCAAGGCAAAGAGUGUUCUCCAUCGCGCAGUGUCAUUACAGAGGCAUCACAGACGACCAACUCGACUUCAUUUGACAAUAUCCACGACCUCGAAGCUCAGAGCCAAGAAGGCGGAUACUAUGGAAUCGGGGGCUCCAACCAGAGGGGACGUUAG